AUGGGUCUAGCCGUCCUUCCACCAGACUUGGAAGAUGAAGUGACGGUGCAAAAUCAUGCCUAUGAUGCAGAUAGCCUAUCAGACAGCGACGUGUCUAUGAACGACGAACCUGCCCGGCCUUCCAAGCGCGCCCGUUUAACUUCCUCGACUUCACAGAGCAUUGUUCUCCCUGGAGAGACGAUCACCGAUGAAACAGAGUGGAUGAGAGGACAUGGAACCUAUAUGCACGACUCUUCAACGAUAAUGACCGCUACUCUGGCAGGCCCUCUGCGGAAGACAAACAAACUACUCUCUGUUGCACCUCUGCGAGCACGAUAUAAUCCCGAGAUUGGCGAUCUUGUCGUAGGGCGCAUUGUCGAAGUCCAAAAGAACAGGUGGAAAGUCGACGUUGCGGCACCUUUACUGGCACAAUUACCCCUCUCCUCUAUCAAUCUGCCCGGCGGUGUUCUUCGACGAAGAACAACAGCCGACGAGCUUCAGAUGCGCAACUAUUUCCAAGAAGGGGAUUUAUUAGUUGCGGAAGUUCAGCAGAUUGGAAGUGUCGACGGCACUGCCAGCUUACAUACCCGAAGUUUGAAAUAUGGCAAACUGCGUAAUGGUACUUUCCUCGCCGUCUCUGGUACUGGCGGUGGUGGAGGUGUGGUGCGCAGCAGAAGACAGGUCUUUACAGUCAACAGUGGUGCUCAAGGAGGCGGCGAUGUGGAUGUCAUUCUAGGAGUGAAUGGUUAUGUCUGGUUAAGCAAGCAUAUCGAGCAAGCCGAGGAUCACGGCAAGAUGAGUGGAGGUGUCAGCAUAUCGAAUCUCGAUGAUAUGGUCAGCAGCUCCAUCUACUCGAGUCAGAACGACAGCAUUGAAGAGGGAACCAGGCGAGAAAUUGCCAGGAUUGCUGAGUGCAUCAGAAUUCUCGCAGAGAAUGGCGUCAGAGUUGAUGAAGACACCGUUGUCAAGGCUUAUGAGGCCGCUGUCGAUGCCGAGAUGAGUGUCGAAGGCCAAAAUGAACUGACUGUCAUCGACAACAUUCGCAAACGGAUCCUUGAUGCUGCCAUUCACUGA